AUGGAGAGCCCACACGAGCACCAGCAGAACCUUCUGCUUUCCCGCAUCAUCACCAAUGUGGAGAAACUCAACGAGGCCGUUAUGGUCAUGAACAAGUCCUUGCAGGAAAUCAACAUCCAAAACAUGAACGUCGAGCUUGUCGCUCAAAUGUUCAAGAACUACCAGUCCAACGUCCUCUUCCAUCUUGAGGACCCUUCAACGAGCAUCGCGAUGGCGCCCUCAGCAACCGAGGAGCUCCCUCCUCUUAAGGGACCGCCCGAGAGGACGUAUCCGCCCGCCAAGAUAUUCCCGGUGAAGGAGGCAAAGUUUGAGAAGCCGAUUGCCGUACAGCAUGAUGGAAGAGAAAAGGCAGCGGCGCACCCGGGUGCAGCCAUCGUCAUCGACAACGGUUCAUCGGCAGUGCGCGCUGGCUGGUCCUUCGAAGAGAAGCCCAGGCUGAACAUCCCCCCGAUUAUGUCCAAAUACCGCGACCGGAAGGCUGGCAAGACGUACUCCUUCGCCGGCAGCGAUUGCUACGCCGACACGACGGCGAGGAGCCACAUCCGAUACGCUUUCGAGCAGGGGACGGGCAUCGUCAGCAACUGGGACGUCAUGGAGCACCUGCUCGACUACAUCUUCCUCAAGCUCGGGCUCAACGGCGACGAUGCGUCCAUAGACGUGCCCAUCGUCAUGACGGAAGCGGUCGCCAACCUGCCGUACUCACGGAAAUCCAUGACGGAAAUCGUCUUUGAAUGCUACGGCGCUCCAUCUGUGGCGUACGGUAUCGACUCCCUCUUCUCCUACAGACACAACAAAGGCAACACGGGCAUCGUGGUCUCGUCGUCCUACACCUCCACGCACGUAAUACCCGUCUACAACCACAAGGCCAUGUUGAGCCAGGCCACAAGGCUCAACUGGGGCGGCUGGCACGCGGCCGAGUACCUGCUCAAGCUCAUCCGGCUCAAGUACCCGGCCUUCACGGGCAAGCUCAACGUGUCGCAGGCCGAGCACAUGCUGCGCGACCACGCCUACGUCUCGGAAGACUUCGACAACGAGCUGCGGGGCUACCUGGACUGGACGGGCCUCGAGGACCGGGAUAUUGUGAUCCAGUACCCGUUCACGGAGGAGGUCGUCGUGCAAAAGACCGAGGAGGAGCUGGCCCGCAUCGCCGAGCGCAAGAAGGAGAGCGGCAGGCGGUUGCAGCAGCAGGCGGCUAAGAUGCGGCUGGAGAAGCUCAUGCGCAAGGAGAACGAGCUGGAGCACUACAAGAAGCUGCAGGUCAAGCUGGAGCAGCAGACCAACAAGAAGGAGGUGCGCCGGCUCCUGGACAGCAACGACCUCAAGGACGAGGCCGCGUUGGAGAAGGCCAUUGCCGUGCUGGACAAGGCCGUCAAGAAGGCGCGCACAAAGGACGUGGGCGGCGACGCCGAGGAGGACCAGCAGGAGCCCGUGUUCGACCUCCUCGAUGUGCCGGACGAGGAGCUCGACGACGCCGGCCUCAAGGCCAAGCGGCAGCAGAAGCUCAUGAAGUCGAACCACGACGCCCGCGCGCGCGCAAAGGCCGAGAAGGAGGCCGAGAAGGCGCGCAUCGAGGAGGAGAAGCGGCUGGACCAGGAGCGCCGCGAGAACGACCUCGAGGGCUGGCUCGAGGAGAAGCGGCAGCGGCGCGACAUCACGCUGCAGAAGAUGAAGGAGCGCGAGCGUCUCAAGCAGGACCUCGGCAACCGCAAGUCGCUCGCCUCGCAGAUCCGCAUGAAGAGCAUCGCCAACCUGGCCUCGGACAACCCGACCAAGAAGCGGCGCCGCGGCGGCGACGACGACAACUUUGGCGCCAACGACGACGACUGGGGCGUGUACCGCCAGAUCGUCGUCGGCGACAACAGCGACGACGAGCAGGAGGAGGAAGACCUGAACGCGAACCUCAAGAUCUACGAGGAGGAGCUGCUCCGCUACGACCCGGACUUCACGUACGAGGACACCCACGAGGCGCAGACGGACUGGUCCAAGUCGAUGCUGCACGCCUUCGCCCGCGGGCCGCGCCCGUUCGACGCGGGCUCCCAGGCCGAGCUGAACCAGAUCCACCUCAACGUCGAGCGCAUCCGCGUGCCCGAGGUCGUCUUCCAGCCGUCCAUCGCGGGCGUCGACCAGUCCGGCCUCGUGGAGAUCAUCGGCGACAUCCUCAACCAGCGCCUCGGCGCCGUGCCGAACCGCGACGACUUUCUGAAGGACGUCUUCCUCACGGGCGGCAACACCAUGUUCCAGGGCUUCGACGAGCGGCUCCGGUCCGGCCUGACGCCGCUGCUCCCCGCCGACUCGCCGCUGCACAUCCGCCGUGCCCAGAACGCUCUGCUGGACGCGUGGAAGGGCGCCGCUAGCUGGGCGGGCUCGGCCGCCUGGAAAGCCGCCACCAUCACGCGCGAGGAGUACCAGGAGAAGGGGUCAGAGUAUAUCAAGGAACACGACCUUGGCAACACUUCAUAUGUAUGA